AGGCAGGGCAAUAAAUGGCAGCUUUGGUGCGCGCAGGCACCAUGGCGGCGUAGCAGGCCCUCUCUGUCGCCUCACCGUCUUAACUCGCACGCGACCCCCCAUCCCCACCCGUUGCCACGCGGACUUUUACUCCUCCUCAUCUCCACCUCCUCCUCCCCCUCCUCGAUCCCUCCUCUCCUCUUCUCUUCUCAUCGACGAGGCCAGCUGCCUGACAUACCACCCCAUAGGCAGGAAGAUAGAGCGUACUCCUACACAAGCUAGCGCAUGGCCCGGUCGGCGACUGUACAGUGAAAUAGAGGGAGAUCGGCACCGUGGCCUAUGGAUUUGGGCGCAUGGCGGGCUUCCCUCUAGGAACCGGAGGAAGCGGCCGCGACAGCUCCGCGUCGCCGACCGGCGUGCACCCGUCCGACGCAUCCACCUUCCUCUACGCCACGCGCGGAGGCGGCUUCCAGCUAUGGGGCCAGCCGCAGGACCAGCAGCAGCUCACGCACCCCUUCUACGCCCCCAACCUCAUCCGCUUCGCCACCGAUGACAUCCCCGCUGGCGCCGCGCAGUCGCUCGCCGGCGCGGCAUCCUCCUCCUCGUCUCGCGGCGCGCGCGCUGCCGCCCUGGCCGGUACCGGCGGCGGCACCAGCUGCCAGGACUGCGGCAACCAGGCCAAGAAGGACUGCCAGCACCAGCGCUGCCGCACCUGCUGCAAGUCCCGGGGCUUCGCCUGCUCCACCCACGUCAAGUCCACCUGGGUUCCCGCCUCCAAGCGCCGCGAGCGCCAGCAGCAGCUCACCGCGCUCGCCGCCUCCGCCGCCGCGACCACGGGCGGAGCUGGCCCCUCACGCGACCUCACCAAGCGACCCCGCGCUCGCCUCGCCGCCACCACGCCCACCACCUCCUCAGGGGAUCAGCAGAUGGUGACGGUGGCGGAGAGGUUCCCGCGGGAGGUGAGCUCGGAGGCGGUGUUCCGAUGCGUGCGUCUCGGGCCGGUGGACCAGGCCGAGGCGGAGCUCGCGUACCAGACCACCGUCAGCAUCGGCGGCCACGUGUUCAAGGGAAUCCUCCACGACGUCGGCCCCAGCAACGCCCACGCCCAGCUGCAAGCUGCCGCAGGAGGCAGCGGCGGCGGAGGCGGCGACUACCAGUUCCGCCUGACCGGCGACGUGUCCCCGCCGAGCACGGGCGCGGAAGCGGGCGACGCAGGCGGCGGCAACAACCACAACAUCGUCGUGUCAUCGGCUGUGGUGAUGGAUCCGUACCCGACGCCCGGGCUCUACGGCUCGUUCCCGGCCACCACGCCCUUCUUCCACGGCCACCCCUACCAGAGACAGUGACGACGCACGGACGCACGUCGACGGCGCCUCCCGCUGUAACACCGUGCCUCCACCCAACCCCUGGUUUCUUCGAUCUGUCAAUUGAUGCAUAAAUUGAUGCUCCUUCCUUCUCUAGAGCCUAGCUAUAGCUUAGCUUAAUGAGGCACCGUAAUUUAGACCUUUCCAGCUCUUCUUGGGAGCAUCUGAGGCGAUCAGUCAGUGACAUACCCUGUCAGAGCAAAUGAUUAGAAAUCUGACAGUUAGGAUCCCGGGAACUAAGCGUGAUUUCUUGCACUGCUCUAGCUUGUUUUUUUCUUUCCGGAUCUUCAAUUGACAGUGUUCUUAACAAUCUUUGAUUUUCCUGGUACUUCUUUCAUCAGAGCAAUAAUAUAUGAUGCUAAGGCUUCUUUAAAUUUA